AACAUCGGCGGAGUUUGCCGCGAAAAACACCAUCUAUUCCCCUUCUUUCCCCAUCCGUCUUCCCCCAUUCACUCGCUCCCCAAAUCAGAGACGGCGGAUAGUGGUCUCACUAGUCGCUCCCAAUCGCCUCGCCCGCCCGCCACCGGUCCGGGGCGAUCACCGUCCGAAUCCCUCCCGUCCUGCUCCCGUCGCCACUGUGCGCGACGUCGGUGGUGGUGGUGGCGGCGGCGGCGGCGGCGGCCAUGGCAGAUGAGUUGGAGGCGACGCGUCACAAGAAGAGGAGGAAGAAGCACAGGGAGCGUGCGGAGGUCACGGCGGCUUCCUCGGAGUCUCCUCGACCCCCGGCGACUCCCUUUUCCAUGCUGGAGUCUCCGGCGCCAAUCGCUCCCGAAACCCUAACCUCGACGGCGGUGGCAGCGGGCAAGGGGCGCAAGAGGAAGCAGGAGUUGGCGGCGGCAUCUCCAUUGGUGGAGGAGGCCGAGCGGAAGGAGGAGAGAAAGAAGCACAAGAGAAGCAGGUAUCAGGAGGCGGCGGCUACCCCAUCGCCGUCCGCCCCUGCCACCACCGCCCAAAUCUUGGAGAUGGCCGCGGCGACAAAGGAGCAGAGGCGGGGUAAUAUGGAGCAGGGGCAAUCCUGCCAGGCGCCAUUACCCGUGGGUGUCCAUCCCCAAGGCGGAGGGGCAGCAGCAGCUGAUGGUGGUGCUAGUGUUAGUCGGAGUGUAAAGAGGUUCAGAGGCGGCAAGAUCCCAGUGCUGAGCGACCGCGAGAUCCUCAGGAUGAGAAUUGAGGAGUUGAGGAAGCAACAGCCAAUGCCGGCAGGCUUCGUCCCUGCCAUGGCUUAUCCCAAUCCCAUUGAUCAGGACUCCAAUUAUUCCUCUCCUUUUGGUGCGUUCUUUGACCAGUUCUGCUACAAGCCUGACCGCCAGGAAGGUCGCAAUGCUCCAUCACUUCCAAAAACCCCUGAUCAUCCAGCCAGGCUGCUUCCUCAAGAUCACCCACCAUCUCUGUCUUCUCAGCUCACUGCAAAUGGGACCUUUAUGGCUGCCAUGACAACGACAUCGAACACAAAACAACCACGCUCAGCAUCAGUCUCACGUCCACAAGAAGAGGUAAUGGUAAAGGAAAAGAAAAGGUCUGAGAAGAAAUUUAGCGAGACGAAGAAGCCAAGAAAAAAAUCACCAUCGCUUAGUGCUGCUGAGAAACGGUCAGACAAGUAUCGCCGCCUGCCACUGAAACAGCUGGUACCCCCGCCGCGUUCCAAACAUAACCUCCUGCAGGAGAAGUAUGCACCUGACCCCUGGAAGGUCAUGGUAAUAUGUAUGCUUCUCAACGUAACGACAGGAGCUCAGGUCAAGAAGAAAGUGAAGGGCUUCUUUAAACGCUAUCCUGAUGCUCAGACUGCAUAUACAGCUGAUCCUGAAAAGAUGGCAAAGUAUCUAGCACCUCUGGGAUGCCAGCGUGUGAAAGCAAAGAGGAUCCAGAGAUUCUCUAGGGCUUAUGCUGAAGAGGAAUGGACCUACAUUACAGAGCUUUGUGGCAUUGGCAAGUAUGCAGCUGAUGCUUAUGCAAUCUUUUGCGCUGGAAGGGCAACAGAGGUGGUUCCAGAAGAUCACAAGUUAGUUCUUUACUGGAAGUUCGCCUGCAAGUUAAGCUUAACUCAGGCAUCGCAAAACGCGCAGGAGGCUGCAGAAGCAACUAUGCAGGGGAACUUUGCUCCCUAGUUGCAGCAAAUCGCUUUCAGCUGUUGAAAAGGAAAGGGGCGGUGGCAGCGCAAAUGCUUUAAUGUUUUGAUUUGCAGCAUAAUGUAAUGUGGUGAUGUGUCAGCUAGCUCUUAACAUUUAGCUGAUUAUUAAAUAUGCUACUGCCUGUAACUAAGUUUAAGCUGCUAGUUUAACUUGGUAGAAAUGGAAAGCUUAUGGUAACCAUGGCCAAGGUUGGUGGGAAUUGUAUGUCAUGUGAUGCAUGCAUGUCCUUUGAUUUGAUAGGUUUACUUGAUUACUUUUUA